UAAAAUUUGACAAGAACGAUUAGUGCAGCAGUCUUUAGGGCCAAUGCGAUUAGACGAAUAAUAUGCGUUUUAAUAAAAACUCAUAGUAUCAUACAUAUAGUAGUGGGUUAAGUAUAAGAGUAUUUUUAGUAGUAUCUACAACCCUGUUAACCACAAUAAAAACUCAGACAAGGUCUUCCCAGUAAUCCCACACUCGGUGCAAGCAGCGCCGUGUUGUGGUGGAGGUGCUGGAAAAGUAGGACUCGAAAUAAGUGAAAGUGUAAACACACGCACGAGGAGGGUGAAGGUGAGGAGACACACCAGAUGAAAAUGUGAGGGAAUGUGAAGAGGCAGACCAUCACCAGGGUGAAGUGAGGAGGGCCGCUGAGGCACCCGUUGUGAAGGCUGACCCCAGGCCCUGCACCGCCACACUCACGCACGCGUCGCUGCCUUAUUUCGCCUCCUGCACCCCCGUGCCGCCCCGCCCCGCGCCCUGCCCCAUGCGCCGCCCCCGGGGCCGCCACGCCCUCCCCGCGGUGCCCCGGAACCGCCACUAGACCGCCCCUGGGUGUGGAGAUGAGCGGCGGCCGAGGCCCAGCAGGUGUCCCUCCCUCCCUCCUGCUCCCUGCCCUCACCUCUCCGGGCCGUGGCUGACCUGCGUGGCCGCCUGUGGGACCUCUUGGCGCCAUGCCGGGCAAGAAGAAGAAGUACAACGCCAGGUUCCCGCCGGCAAGAAUCAAGAAGAUAAUGCAGACCGAUGAGGAAGUGGGGAAGGUGGCGGCAGCGGUGCCUGUCAUUAUCUCUCGCGGGCUGGAGCUGUUUGUGAAGUCCCUCCUGAAACGUGCCGGUGAGGUGACUACUGCCCGGCAUGCCCGCACCCUCACUCCCGCCCACCUGAAGCAAUGCAUCAUGGCAGAGAAGCGCUUCGACUUCCUGCAGGAGCUUGUGUCGUCCAUAGCAGACAUUGGGCCAGAGGGGGAGGGGGAGCCAACCACCCCUGGCACCCCCCUCACUCCAUCCUUCCCCCCCUCCUCCACCUCCUCUUUCCCCCCGUCCACCACCCCUCUACGACACACUCCACCACCUCCUAAUCUCCUGCCCAUCAAUUUUGCAUCACCCCCACACACACUAGCAGAUGGUGAUAGUGGGGCGGAAGUACCGGUGGGGCGAGGCCGUGGCCGGGGCAGAGGCCGGGGACGGGGACGGGGCAGGGGGCGAGGGGGGCAGGCAGGGCAACAGCCGGCUGGACCCAAUUCUGCUCCAAAAGUUCCGAGGCCGAGAGGUCGGCCGAGGAAGGUUGUCGUAGCAGCAGCAGUGCCAGUGGAUGACUCAGAUGACCAGCAGGACUCGGAUGACCAGCUGUCUCUGGAUGUGGACACAGAUGAGGACAUGGCGUCAGACACAGAUGAGGAGGUGAUUGUCGCUGCGGAACACUCCAACAACAGCUCCUCAUCAGCAAGCACCUGGAAGCCCCCCCCAUCCUCUGCUGCUGCCUCCUCCUCCUCCCUUGUCACCCCUGCCGUCAUCCUCCCUGUUCCUCCGGUCAGCAAGGCCACACCGCCCCGGACGCCAGCCACACUGCCUUUCCAACAGUUUGGCGUCCCUGAGGUGAGUGGCAAGGUCGGGGCAUUCCAGAUAUCCAUUGGGAAGGAGUACAGUAUGGGGGUUGUGGGUGACAAGCCCCCUGCCCACACCACCACCACCACCUCCCCUGUCAACUCUACCACCACCACAACCACCAACAGUGCCCACAAGCCCAUCCCACCCCUGCACCCCAUCAAGGUCACCAUCCCCCACCUCCAGACUGCCCCCAAGGCUGCCACAACCCUAGCCAUGGCCCCCCACAGUCCCAUGACCCCAGGCAUGCGGCCCAUCUUUGGGGUGCCCGUGCCAGUCAUAACGUCGGUGCACGCCAUGAACAGCCGCCCGCCUUUCCCCAGUGCCAACACCAGCACCACUGCCUUCACUGCUGCUGCUGCUCCCUCUGCCAUGUCCGAGGUGGAUGAAGACUACGACUCAUAAAUACUCAAGGGUGUGCAUGGCUAGAUGGGUGGGUGUGAGUGUUGGUGCGGCUGUUUCUGGCUGUAGGUGUGGCUGUGAUUCAUCCUGGGUAUGUUCAGCAAUGUGUACGUGCUCUUCCAGGCAGUACUUAUGUUAGGGAAAAAUUACAGGGAGUUCUUGUGGGUUAAAAUUUCAUGCCUUUUUAGAAUACAAUGUAAAAACUCAACAAUUUUAUUUAUUAUCUCUUACAUUAUCCUGAACCAAAUUUCUUGGGUUAUCAUAUGUUCUUGUGAGAAAAAAUAAUGUGUACAUGAAAUACAACCCUUUCAUAAAACAAGAACUGUCUGUAAUCUGAAGAAUUUAACCAAGAUAUGAAAAUGAAAUGCUCUUAUAAGAAAAAUUAUCAAACUAUUUUGUCAUUUCACUUUGUCUUGGCUCAAUUACCAGAAUUUUUUUUCCCAGAAAUGAGUGUUGGCUGGAGGGGUGUGUAGAGACUGGCAAACACAGCCUACUGUCCAUUUUUUUGCUGUGCACUGCUUUACUUUGUUUUCAUUAUCGUCCUUACAUUUCAUUCUUUAAAGCCACAGUUUUUCUAUUGUGUCACCCUAAUGUGUUUCACAUUUCUACUAAUUAACAAAUUUUCUUAUUGAGUUUUGUUGCUGCCAUUACUCUGAUGCACAGCUUUCACCUUUAUUUACACUUCUAUCUCUACCGUAUGCACUCUUGUAAAGACAACUCGUCCAAGGUUUGACUGUUUGAUUGAGGAGUAAGUUUCAGCUCCUAGAAAAGUAAUAUCCAUUUGUCUGAAAAUUUGACUUAUACACGAGUACAUCUGGUAGUUGUAUUUUGGAUUGUGGAUUAUUAUUUCUUGAUGUUCCUUCCAUUGUUUGCCUCUGAACUACUGUUUAAACUCAGAUCCUGAGAUAUUCAGUUUCAGUAUCUUCCACUCAUGUGGUCUUGUUUCUUGUUCCUUCACAAUUAUGUUUCUAGUUGAGUUACCUCUUGAUAUUCAUCCCAUUGUUACCCGCCGAGAUCCUUGCUUGUUUUUUCUUUCUCAUGUGGUCUUGUACUUUGUUUCUGUUCUGCCACUCAUGGUCGUCCUCAUUGACUUGGCUCAUGUAAAGUACAAAUGCCUGUUGAUGUCAUUCAUACCUCUUGCAGCGCAACUCACUUUAUAUUGAGAGCUCAUCAGCAACAGUUUACUUAUUCCGAAAAUUUAUUCCGCCAACAAGACUGCCACUUGUCAUCUCUUAACUGGUAAGCCAAGAGAUGGCUCAGCAUUUGAGGAAUUAUUAUUUGCAACUAAAUUGAUGCUAAGCUUGGUUGCAGAGAAAGUACAACCGACAUGUACUUCAAAGGAAUAAUUCUUAACAUAGUCCUAUUUUCUAAUCAUUAUGUCUUUGGUUGGCAUCUGACCAUCAGAUGUGUUGAACUUUCAUUGAUAUUGGGAGUAUCUCCUCCAUUGCAGUAAGGGUUUGAUGUCACUCCCUAUAUUGAGGAACCACUUGGAAAACGGGCAGUUUUGUUGAGUAAAUUUCCCUUAAAAUAAUGAACUACAUCGCUGUUGGAGUUGUUCACUCUGAGGAGCCUGGCCUUGUGGCAGAUCUUUUACCGUGAUCCUCAGGCACCAUCUUGGCUUUGCUUGGCAUCUCAUUUAUCAAACAUGUCAUGUCUGUCACAGUUUAAACCAUCUUGAUAGGACAGUCCUUAGUCUAAUAUUCCUUUCACUAUUUUCAUGCAUGUCUCCUUUCAUUGUUCAUUUAUGUGCAGGCUGUAAUGCUUCUGUACACCGUAUAUACUUGUUUAAAAUCCCCCCUUCUGAAGGGUUAUGACAUAUUUGACAGAGGAAUAAAUGUAAUCAACCCCAAAAGUAGCAGCUAUGCAAAAGUGAACCCUCAAACUUGGCCUAAAUUUUUCUUAAAAAAAAGAAAAGGUCUUUUACACAAGUAUAUACAGUUUUCAAGGAGUCUCAGUCACCUACAGCACAUCCUUUUGCUGCACCACUUUUGUGAGUGUUACUUAACAUUAAGUUCAAGUGUGUGCUGUGAGUCUUCAAGGAAGAUGAUUCAGUUGUUGCCCAGGUGGAUGUGAGGGACUGAUGGACAGGCAGACCUAGCUUGCUUGUCUCAAGGGCAGAAGGAUGUGAUACAAAGCAGUAUUCGGGAGCACCAAUGCUAUCCAGUGAAGUUAUUGCAGUCACUGUCUGCUGCAACAAGUUUCUGGUGAUGGUUUUUGGAACCCAACAGUGCCUUCCUGAAGCAUGUGCUAGAUUGUGUGCAGAGAAAGGUGUGCCAGAACCAGGAGACACAUAGUGGAAGGUGUCCAGUCUGGUUCAAAAUGUGUUUGAACAUCCCUCAGUACUAAGGUUAUUAAUCUUUUGACAGUAUUUCCCCUGUGAUCAGUGCACAGAAUAAUAUUACUUUAGCUGUAAGUACUCUAGCAUGGAUCACACCUGCCUGUGUGCAUUUGUCUCACUUGCUGGACAAGGUCUUGUGAAGGUCGGCAAGUGGUCCAAAAGGGUAGGGCUCAUGCACUACAGACAGGUUGAAUUGAUGUGUUGUUCCACAGCUGGGUACACGUGGGACACCUGGUGCUUCAUCCCAAACAGCUAUGAUUUUAUUGUUUUUACUUGCCCUAAAACUUCCCAGCAAAGUGGAAGAUUGGGGCAAGGCAAGGCUGUGGGUUCCUUUUGUCUUCUUCCAUUUCUAUUUGAUAAGCCUAUGAUUUAGGGGCUGGAUAGGUAGUAUGUAUUUACUAAUAUCAAACUAUAUCCAACUAACUGAUUAUGUCUUAGGUGUACAGUUUGUGGUAAGCGUAGCAAUGAGCAAUAACCGCCAAACUCUGGUCUGGCGAUCAAAGCGAGCAUGAGCCAGUUCUUUGGCAAUAAACCUCCAGGAGUGUAGUCCUCACCCAAAGGGUAAAGAUAAGAAACAAACACAUGUCUGUCUUGUUAAGUUUGGCAGUGACUUAGUUCCAGCUCCAAUGUCCAACCCACAGGUCUGAUAACUACCCAAACCAAAAUAACUAGGCACUAGACUAUACAGAUUUCUUUGCCCAUUAUCCUCACUUCUCCGUAACCACCAAGUGUUUAACAAGGAACUUUUGUGUAGUCUUUGGUGCUGUGUAGAAAACAAUCUUGGAGUUGUUUGGUUUAAGCAGUUAUGAAGACAUUGUGUUGGAUUGUGGAUCUGGCUCGGUGAUGAGGUGCUGCUGCAGCCGCUGAUGCUGCCCCAAGCCAGCGAUCAAAUAUUUGUUGUAUUUGUAUGAAGAUGCCAAAGGUCAUAAUUUUCACAUAGUGCUGUUCACAUGUCGUCUGUCCUGUUUGUGUUCCCGUUGUAAAUGCAUAUCAGUAUGUUACACCGGACUGUAUUUUAUUUUAUUUUUUUAUUUUUUUGUGGCUGAACUUUUGGAGCUCAGGCAUGAUGACUGGAUGUUUGGCGGUUGGAUAAUGAUUGAAUGGAUGCACCAGACUUGGGAAAAACAAAUUUCCGGUGACGCUGGUGUUAUGUUUGGCCAAUGAAUUUAAGGUGCACUGAUGACCUGGACUGGUUCAUCACUGGUCCUGCUGGUCCAUGGUGAACACCUCUCCUGAUGAAGUUUGCACUCUUGUCCUCUGCUUUUCCCGAGUGGGUCCAUAGCCUCAGUUUUCGUGCAUCAACUCCUAGUAUAAGUGUUGAUUGUUCAACUUGUAUUAAGUACAAAAUAACCUUAACCUUCUGUUCUAGGGUGUAACGUAUUAGGUAGUGCAUCCAUUUGCCCGUGAUUCAUGUCUGUAACUGGCUCCAUGCACGUGUUGAUGGUAUAGUCUUCAGUGUACAUCAAAUGUAUUUAACCUUGUAGCACUUAAGUUUUGAGUCAUGACAAUUUUUAAGGGAAGAGAAGUUUUACAAUUAAUAUUGUAGCCAUAACUGAUAGGAUCAAUGGAUGCUUCUUAAGUCUUUUCCCAAAUGUUUAAUUUUUCACUGAUGCAGAGAUGGAUACAGAUGCAGACACAGGCCAUGGAUUAUUGACAAAUGGAUGCCCUGCCUAAUGGUGAGCACAGGUUUUCCAGUGACUCAUCCUGAGCAGGCAAAAUGUUGCUUGUAGAUGUUUACACAAGCAACAGUAAAACUAUUUGCAUGCCAGCAGGCCAAUGUUUAACCUCUUUUGUAUGUAUGUAUUUAUGACUACAGUUACAUUCGAGACCUGCGUUAUGAAGAAUAAUCAGUUGUCUUUUUUUUCUGGUACAAUUUCCCCUUGAUUUUGCACGCCCCAUUUCCCAGAUUUUGGAUUUGCUGGACAUUUCUUGAUAAUUAAAAUUCCACUAUGCCACCAUUUUCCACACACUAACCACAAUUCACUGGACAUCAGGCAGUCAUUGGCACAGCACUAAAUGUUUUUAUUUUUCACUUAACCCUGAGUGUGAGAACAGUGCAAUUUUUAUCACAUUCAUUCAUUGUAUUAUUUCAAGUAUUAUUUAUGGCCAGCAAAACAAGCAAACAUUAAAGGAAAGUAUACUUGUGAAUGUUGGUCAAAAACUUGAACUGAUUUAUGAGCUUGAGUGUACUUAGUACUGUACAGUUAAAUAUUAGGUUGAAAAUUUUCAUUUGGAAAAUUUAGAUUCUUGGGUUUCAUGGCCAGCCCUUCUCUCCUUUUACUCCGUGAAAUCAAGGGGAAUCUGUAAUCCCUGUUUCCCACCUCCUGCAGUCCCUCCCUUAAGUUCAGUCUUCAGUGUAGGUUACUGGAAACCUCUGAGUACUGACUGAUUGUUUAGCAUCAGGCCAGGCAUCCAUUUGUCUGUGUUGGCAUGCCACUGAAAUAUUUAACGUGAGAAGGCCGAGAAGCAUCUGUUUAUCAUGCCAGACUAUGAGAGCAAUUACACCACUUGUCCCUUUAAUAUCCCUCCUUCUCAACAGUUGAGUAAGUUGAGCUUAAAUACAAUUCAGUGCACACUAAAGCCUGUGCCAUGGACAUGAGGGAUGGAUCAAAGACAAGUGGAUGCCUGUCCUAAGAGGUCAACUGCUACAUACCUGGUGAUUAACUAACAUGUACUAAUUUAGUCACUGCAAAAAGAGAGGUGGAUAAGUGGUACAUUUCAAUAUUCCUAGAAUCACCAAAUGGUAUGUGAAAGUAUUUUAAUACCAUGCGAAUACAUUACUUGGAAUAA